GUGACCCUCACCUCACAGACACUUCCUCUCCCAAUCCUCGGGAGGUAUAAAGACUGGUCCUCCACCACCAGUCAGGGACACUCUACCACCAUGAAUCCACUCCUGAUCCUUGCCUUUGUGGGAGCGGCUGUUGCUGCCCCCUUUGACGAUGAUGACAAGAUCGUUGGAGGCUACACCUGUGAGGAGAAUUCUGUCCCCUACCAGGUGUCCCUGAAUUAUGGCUACCACUUCUGUGGUGGCUCCCUCCUAAACAAACAGUGGGUGGUGUCAGCAGCUCACUGCUACAAGCCCCGCAUCCAGGUGAGACUGGGAGAGCAUAACAUCGAAGUCCUGGAGGGGACUGAGCAAUUCAUCAAUGCAGCCAAGAUCAUCCCGCACCCCAAAUACAACGAGGUUAAGAAAUAUAACAAUGACAUCAUGCUGAUCAAGCUUUCCACACCUGCUGUCAUCAAUGCCCGUGUGUCCACCAUCUCUCUGCCCACUGCCCCUCCAGCUCCUGGCACUGUGUGCCUCAUCUCUGGCUGGGGCAACACUCUGAGCUCUGGCGCCGACUACCCAGAUGAGCUGAAGUGCCUGGACGCUCCUGUGCUGACCCAGGCUGAGUGUGAAGCCUCCUACCCUGGAAAGAUUACCAGUAACAUGUUCUGUGUGGGCUUCCUUGAGGGAGGCAAGGAUUCCUGCCAGGGCGACUCUGGUGGACCUGUGGUCUACAACGGACAGCUCCAAGGAGUUGUGUCCUGGGGCUAUGGCUGUGCCCAGAAGAACAGGCCUGGAGUCUACACCAAGGUCUACAACUAUUUGGCCUGGAUUAAGGACACCAUAGCUGCCAACAGCUAAACCCCCUGUCCCGCUGCAGUCUCUAUACCAGUAAAGUGACCCUGUUCUAACUGU